GCUUUUUUGUUUGUGUGCGUUCAUUGGACAGUGAUUUUUGUUCACUUCCUCUCUUCCGGUUUCAACGUCAGCUCAGAAACUCUGUCACCAUGAUCGGGGAUUUCUUGAUUUUCGGGACUUUGCUGAUGAAUGCCGGUGCAGUUCUCAAUUUUAAACUAAAGAAGAAAGAGUCUCAGGGCUUUGGAGAUGAGCCCCAUGGGCCGACCACAGGGGAUAAUAUCAGAGAGUUUCUGCUGAGUCUACGAUACUUUCGGAUAUUUAUUGCCUUGUGGAAUGUGUUCAUCAUGUUCUGCAUGAUUGUGCUGUUUGGAUCAUGAGAAUCCUAAGGACCUAAGAAGAUAUAAAUAUUCAGUGUUGUAUAUAUUUUUGGGAAAUGGGAAAAGAAAUGGGAACUUUAUGAAUCCGUUUCAUACUUUGUUGUAUUGUUGUUUUUUUUUAUAAAGAGCAUUUGAUGCAGAUUUGAGAUGCUGGCAAAUGUUAUGAAAUGCAAUACUGAUUUUAUGUGCAGUAUAAACAUACAUUGUAUAAACACGUAUAGCUUGACUUGAGAUUAUUUUAGGAACAUGGAUGUGUAUGUUAACUCCAUAUCUUUGAUCAAGUUACCCAGCGCCAGAAAAUCUUAGCCUCAUGUCAUCAUUUGCCAUUUUACUGACAUAAUUGCCAACAUUGUCUUAUUGUGUUCAUAACUAUUUUAUAAUGCGGUUAAAGGCUUUAGCCAUCCACCCAUGGUAGACUGUAUAUUUAAAUGAAUAAUGAACAGCCAGAAUCUUUUGAUGGUAUAUAAACUCUCAACUGCCUCCUC